AUGUCGAGCCAGGCAAAUUGGAACUCGGUGACCGGCAUCGCUACCCUUCUGUUUGAUGGGAACUUGAUAGCAAUUGCUAUCGCGAUCGUGUUCGCCUUUGGAGUCCCUAUUUUGCUUCAUAUUGUCUUUUUCCAAGCCGCAGCGUCGCCCCCAACCAGCAACUUCCUGCUGUUGGGCCCAAGCGGUUCAGGCAAGACAGCUCUGACCACUCUGCUUGAGGCAAAGUCAUCGCCUUUGUCGAAGAAGACACACACGACCCAUACCUCUCAGACCUCUACUUUGGUCUCCGUCAGCUUGCCCCCUACCGUACCAACUGCAUCUAAUCGCUACCGGUCUGUUAACGACCCUUCCUUGAAAGAGGCUCAGCGUAACCCUAUUCGAUACCGUGUUAAGGAUACCCCAGGCCAUGGCAAGCUCCGCACUACCCAGGGCAUUGCCCAGCUGCAGUCCAUGUCUGUGGCAAAGGACGCUGCCCACAAACUCCGGGGCGUGAUUUUCAUGGUUGAUACCGCGGCUCUCGUUGACGAAGCCGUGUUGCGCGACACCGCGUCAUAUCUGCACGAUGUUCUUCUGGUUCUCCAGAAGCGUGAGUUGAACAAGUCGUCCUCCAAGAGACUCAGCGAGAUCCCCGUUCUUGUGGCCGCGAACAAGCAGGAUCUUUUCACGGCUCUUCCCCCAGGAUCAGUCAAGGAGAAGCUGGAAGCUGAGAUUGAUCGCAUUCGGAAGUCUAAGACCAAGGGCCUGCUGGAUGCUAGUGCCGACCCUGGCCUAGAUAACGACGAAGACGUCCUUGGCAACGAUGAUGCCCAAGGCACCUUCAGCUUCAACUUGCUCCAAGUUGAAGCAGGUAUUAAGGUUGACGUUGUUGGCGGUGCCGUCAAGGACGACCCAGCGGAGGAGUUUGGAUCUGGCGUUCGUCGCUGGGAAGAAUGGGUGGGCAUGUGCCUGUAA